AUGGCUAUUCAACAAAUCCAGUCUCGUGGAAUAUACCACGCCUUGCCCGUGUACCCUGACAACACCAAAGGCUUGACAGCUAUUAUUACAGGCGCAAAUGGAAUUUCGGGCUAUUAUAUGCUCCGGGUCCUCGCACAAGCCCCCGAGCGCUGGACAAAGAUUUACUGUCUCUCACGACGGCCACCGCUGGUGCCCGGCGGGCUGCCAGCGAACGCUGAACACAUCGCCCUAGAUUUUCUCCGACAGCCCGAGGAGAUCGCGCAGGUAUUGAAGGAGAAGAACAUCAGGGCAGACCAUGUCUUCUUUUUCUCAUAUAUCCAGGCCGAGCCCAAACCUGGUGCUGGCCUCUGGUCGGACGCUGAGGAGAUGUGCCGGGUGAACUCGCUCUUGCUAGAUAACUUCUUAGCGGGGCUGAUCAAGGCCGACAUCAAGCCGGAAUGCUUCAUGUUGCAGACCGGCGCAAAGAACUACGGCGGCCAUCUCGGACCCACGAAGCUGCCGCAAGAAGAGUCAGAUCCACGCGUCACCCUUGAACCAAACUUCUACUACCCGCAAGAAGAUGCGCUGUGGAAGUAUGCGAAGGAGCAAGGCGUGAAAUGGACCAUCGGAAUGCCUGGUCCAAUCUUGGGUGCUGUGCCAGACGCUGCCAUGAACGCUGCAUUUCCUUUGGCAGUCUACGCGGCUGUAGCCAAACAUAGAAAUGUUGCGCUCGAGUUUCCCGCUGAUAUUGCCUCGUGGCAGAUGUAUCAGAGUAUGAGUUCGAGCAUGAUGAAUGCGUAUCUGGAGGAAUGGUCGGUCUUGACACCCACCGCACGGAAUCAGAAAUUCAAUGCCUGCGACAAUAGUGCCUUUACCUGGGAAGGCUGCUGGCCAAAGAUUGCCGGCUGGUACGGCGUAGACUGGAGUGGACCUGAUCCGAACGCAAAUUGGAUCGAAAGGAAGACCCGAUUCAACCCCCGUGGAUAUGGCGAGAAGGGGAUAUCAAGGAGGAAAUUCACCUUUGUGGAGUGGGCCAAGCGGGAGGAGACAAAGAAGGCGUGGAAGGAGAUUGCCGAGUCGCAUGAUCUCCAUCAGAAAGAGUUGAAAGAUGUUGAUCGCGUAUUCGGCUUUCUCGAUGGCACUGUGUGCCGCCCUGCACCUUUGAUUCUCAGCACAGACAAGGCCCGAAAAUUGGGCUGGCAUGGAUUUGUUGAUUCAUCAGAAGCCAUCCUCGAGGUAUUUGACGAACUGGCCAAGCUCAACAUGAUCCCACCUGUGCCCAGGGUAGAUGUCAAGUUCAACUGA